GGAUGGGCGGUGCUAUAGUAAUCUCUUUUUUUUGUUUCUAUGUUCAACAGCCUAUUUAAAUACAAGGCCGAUGCAAGCACGUUCUCAAUUCGCAAACCUAAAACUAAUACUCCGUAUCAUUCUACGGUUUUACCUAAAGUGCUGAAGAUUGGAUAUCUUCUGUAAUCUGUAUGCGGAUGCUUUAUUGGCAAUUCACCAAUCAAAAAUGUGGGAGGAUGCAUGUAAUUUAGUUCAAUUAGCCACGAUAAGGACAAAUGUGUUGUGGCCCAUUCCUGAAGGUGCCCAUGCGUUUUUUGCUAUAAAAGCAGGACAUACUCAUGGGUUUCAUUUGCCGAUUUACAAGCACAAGAAUAAUCAAAAGACAUCAGGAAUUGGGCUCAGACAUUUACUCACAUUCCUGAUCAAGACUUUUGGGCUCAAAGAUCCACACUCAUUCCUGAUUCCCCAUUCAAUGUUUUCAGGUCUACCAAGAAAGCUUAUAAGAGUGAAGUCCUCUGUUCCAAAAUUUAGUGUUUAUAUUAAUUUUCUUCUGUAUUUGUUUAAAAGUAAUCUAUAUUGUUUAGAUUAUAAUCAGUCGUUUGUUUAUUUGACUUAAAUAAGUGUAGCAGGAGUAGCAUGACUACAUUUGGAUAAUAGAGUAAGAUUCAGACACAUACCUGAAAUCUUUGUUGG